AAAAAAGCCUUCCCCUUCACUCUGCACUCAGACGGUGGUAGCCCUGGAACCCUGGCUGAGCAGAGUUCAGGUGCCUCUUGCACAUAGUGAUGACAUCUUACCAAAUACUUCUCCUGUUCUCUGUGGCUGUGGCUCCUGUGGCUGCACACAGUUCCCACCGGACAAAAAGAGGGUUACUUGAGCUUGCAGGAGCCAUCAAAUGCAGCACUGGGAGAUCUGCUUUGGCUUACAUGAUGUAUGGAUGCUACUGUGGGCUGGGGGGUGAGGGGUGGCCCCGUGACAGAGCAGACUGGUGUUGCCACAAGCAUGACUGCUGUUAUGGAGAUGCAGAACGUCUUGGCUGCUACACCAAAACGGCCAAAUAUCAUUGGACUUGCGAGGACAGGGAAGCUGAGUGCGAGGAUUUAGAGGACAAAUGUGAGAAGUUUUUAUGCAAGUGUGACAAAGAGGCAGCCAAGUGUUUGAGAAAAGCACCAUUCAUCCAGAAAUACUCACUAUGGCCGGAUUUUAUGUGCGGCCACGAUCACCCAACAUGCAACAUGUACUGAAGCAGUAAGUUCACAAAAACUUCCUUGCAUGCAGUCCUUCCCCACAGUGGAGGCUGAAGACGUUCCGACAUCCCUAAAAAAAGUAUCAGCUAAUUUGCUGUGUAUGAAAUCUACAUCUUCAGCACUAGAUGGUGCCAAAUCCACAAACAAACUGCAGGGCGCAACACCCGAGCAAGAGUUUGACUUCAUUUCUGAAAUAGUUUUUAUGUUCGUUUAGUUUUGAAAGAGAAGACUGUUCUCACUCUUGAGUCAAAACCUUUUACUCCUCUUUCCUAUGUAUGUUCUUUCCAUCAACAUGGAAUGUAAUCUAAAUCCGCCCAGAUGUUAUUCAGAGCCCUGUAAAGUGAGGAAAACACAGCUUCUUUGUUCAAACAGUGCUGGGUCCGUAAGCUUCAACCGAAAUGAGAGAAGCAGUUAAUGUAAUGUAUCCUGCUAAGAGCUGAAAGUUGAAUGUUUGGGUCAAAGCCUACAAACACUUGUUCAGUUGUUUUGAACCUUUGCCGUACAAGAAAGUCAAGAGUUGUAAAGUGCAAAAAUAAAGUUACUUGAAGUUC